UCUUUCUUUAGAAAUAACAGAGCUUUUUAUUAAUGGGUAACGCAGAGUAUGAUGAUGCUGAGUAUCCAUCAUCAAUGAGAGGGGAAAACAGAAAAAAACACCAAGUUGAAAUUCCACCACCACAACCAUUUUUGAAGUCACUUAAAAACACUGUAAAAGAAACAUUGUUUCCAGAUGAUCCACUUAGGCAAUUCAAGAAUCAACCACCAUUGAAGAAAUUGAAACUUGGGGUUCAAUAUUUUUUCCCAAUUUUCGAAUGGGCGCCUCGAUAUACGUUUGAUUUCUUUAAAUCUGAUCUUAUUUCUGGGAUUACUAUAGCCAGUCUUGCUAUUCCUCAGGGAAUUAGCUAUGCUAAACUUGCCAAUUUGCCACCUAUUCUUGGCCUCUAUUCUAGUUUUGUUCCGGCAUUAGUGUACGCAGUAAUGGGUAGUUCAAGAGAUUUAGCAGUUGGAACAGUUGCAGUUGCAUCACUUCUCAUUGCUUCAAUGUUAGGAGAAGAAGUUAAUCCAACUGAUAAUCCAACACUUUAUCUUCAUCUUGCAUUAACCGCCACAUUCUUUGCCGGACUAUUUGAAGCCGCACUUGGCAUUUUCAGGCUGGGAUUCAUUGUGGAUUUUCUAUCUCAUUCAACAAUAGUGGGAUUCAUGGGAGGAGCAGCCACAGUUGUAAUACUCCAACAAUUAAAGGGAAUACUUGGUCUUGACCAUUUCACUCAGUCCACUGAUAUUAUUUCCGUCUUGCGUUCCGUUUUUACCCAAACGCAUGAGUGGCGAUGGCAAAGUGCGGUGUUGGGUUUCUGUUUCCUUUUCUACCUGCUCGCAGCUAGAUUCUUCAGCCAAAAAAGACCCAAGUUUUUCUGGGUAUCAGCAAUGGCUCCAUUGUUAUCUGUCAUACUGGCAACUAUUCUUGUUUAUUUCACCCAUGCUGAAAAUCAUGGCGUUCAAGUGAUAGGGGAGCUGAAAAAAGGGUUAAAUCCAUUAUCGAUAACAGAUUUGUCAUUUGGAGCUCCUUAUCUGUCUAUUGCUAUAAAAACUGGCAUAGUCACGGGUGUCGUUUCUCUUGCUGAAGGAAUAGCAGUGGGAAGAAGUUUUGCAAUGUACAAGAACUAUAAUAUAGAUGGAAAUAAAGAAAUGAUUGCUUUUGGUAUGAUGAACAUUGUUGGCUCUUGCACUUCUUGCUACCUCACUACUGGUCCAUUUUCGCGAUCCGCGGUGAAUUUCAACGCAGGAUGUAAAACAGCAGUAUCAAACAUAGUCAUGGCUCUAGCAGUAAUGGUUACACUAUUGGUGCUAACUCCGUUGUUCCACUACACUCCAUUAGUGGUUUUAUCUUCCAUUAUUGUUUCAGCCAUGCUUGGACUCAUCGACUAUAACGCUGCAAUUCAUCUAUGGCAUGUCGAUAAAUUCGAUUUCUUGGUCUGCAUGAGUGCGUAUUUUGGUGUCGUAUUUGCCAGCGUGGAAAUUGGAUUAGUCAUUGCUGUUGCUUUAUCUUUGUUAAGGGUGUUAUUGUAUGUAGCAAGGCCAAGAACACUAGUACUUGGUAACAUUCCAGAUUCUAACAUUUAUAGAAAUGUUGAACAAUAUCCUAAUACAGACACUGUUGGUGGGGUUCUCAUACUAGACCUUGGUGCACCUAUUUACUUUACCAAUGCUAGCUACUUAAGAGAGAGGAUCUCAAGGUGGAUUGAUGACGAGGAAGACAAGUUAAAAUCUUCAGGGGAGACAUUACAAUAUGUUAUACUUGACAUGGGAGCUGUAGGCAACAUUGAUACUAGUGGAAUUAGUAUGCUAGAAGAAGUCAAGAGAAAUCUUGAUAGAAGAGAUCUCAAGCUUGUAUUGGCAAAUCCAGGUGCAGAAGUAAUGAAGAAAUUGAACAAAUCCAAAUUCCUAGAGACACUAGGACAAGAAUGGAUUUUUCUAACUGUUGGGGAAGCUGUGGAAUCAUGCAACUACAUGCUUCACUCUUGCAAACCAAAAUCCGGCAUGGAUGCUUCAUUCAGCAAUAACGUUUGACUACUCUUUAAUUUCAACAUUAAUGUUAUUUCAUCUGUAUAUAUACUUA